CUGCAGGAGAAGAUGGCGGUCUCCACAGGAGUUAAAGUUCCUUGUAAUUUUCGCUUGUUGGGGGAACAUGAAGAAGGACAGAAAGGAGUAGGCGAUGGUUCGGUUAGCUGCGGCCUUGAAGAUGAUGAAGAUGUGACACUUACAAGGUGGACAGGCGUGAUUAUCGGGCCACCAAGGACAAAUGAUGAAAACAGAAUAUCAGUAUUAGCAAAAUGGCAAAACUCUUACCGCAUUAAAGUCGUCCUUUUAGAGCUACAACAUCCAAUGAUGUCCAAAGAAAUAUGA